ACAACCAUGUGUCGUAAAGUGGGAGAUUUGACGUAUAGACGUUUGUAUGUGCAACUAAGCUAGCUUGCUAAAGAAGUUGUAACUGAAGAGAUAAAAUUACUUAUUUAGCCACGUAUUUUAUACAAGAUAGCUACAUUUCCAACGAGCUAUCUGGACAUUCGCUAAAGUUGUUGUGUGAGUUUACUGUCAUUACAUUAUGGAAGUUUUACGUCCAUCUCUUAUAAAUAUAAAUGGAAGAAUAUAUCGACGAAAUCUCGUUAAAGAAGAACAGUAUGAGGAAGAAGAGGAUUUCUCCUACAUGGGGCCACCAGAGAGUGAAGAUCUGGCAGAAGAUGAAAUCUGCGACACUCACUGCAUUGAACAAACCGAGAAAGGAUUUCGCUGUGCCAUCGAUGUCCCAAGUGUUCUUUACAAAUACAUCAUUGGGAAAAAGGGGGAAACACGCAAACGGUUGGAGGCUGAAACAAAGACAUCUAUCAUCAUCCCAAAACAAGGAGUGGAAGGACAGAUAGUCAUUACAGGCCCCAAUAAAUCGGCUGUUUCAUCAGCAAUCACACGCAUUGAAGUCCUCAUUGAGAGUUUCCGAAGAAAACAGCCUUUCACGCAUUUUCUGUCAUUCCCUCUGAAUGAUCCUAAAAUUCAAGAAGGGUUCCUGAGAUUUAAGGAUGAGGUUCUGCAACAGUGUUCACAGGAUCACGGAGUGGAGGGGAGCAUUUUUCAGAACCCUUCAAAGCUACAUCUGACAGUCGGCACUUUGGCUUUGUUAAAUGAAAUGGAAGUGAGAAAAGCCUGUGAACACCUCCAGGAGUGUCAGAGCGUCAUCAGGGAUAUCACAGAAGGAAAACCAAUCCCGCUGGAGGUGACAGGUAUAGAGUACAUGAAUGACGACCCGGGCAUGGUGGACGUUUUGUACGCCAAAGUCAGUGUGAAAGAUGGGUCUGACACGUUGCAGGUGAUUGCUGAUCGGCUUGUGGAACACUUCGUCUCUGCAGGACUGAUGGUUAGAGAGUGGGACCGGGUCAAGCUGCACGGGACCGUGAUGAACACACUGUUCAGAAAGGACUCCACAGUUGAAGAGUCGGGCGGUCCAGGAAGACAAACCACGAGUGAAAGAGAAUCCUUUGAUGCCAGGAACAUACUAAAGAAAUUUAGUUCAUAUCGCUUUGGGGAGUUUGAGCUGAAUACUGUGAUGAUGUCCCAGAGAUUUUCAACCGACUGCACAGGGUAUUACACCGCUGCUGGAAGUAUCACCUUCUCUUGACAGUUUUUAAAGGAGGAUGAUUAAGGAUGGGGUGUGCAGAUGUCCUCAAUAAUGACUGUGCUGAAAACACAUGAGGGAACAUACGUCAUACGCACACAGAAAGACUCCGAACAGAUUUAAUUUGUCUGGAAAUAUUAGCGCUGAAUAUUAUUUUUAUUUUUCCACGGGAUGUUUGCGAUUACUUAAUGUCAUAGGAUGGAUCUCACACUACCUAACACCUAGAAUGACUCACAGGAAGUUGUCUUCUGGAAUAAAUCACUGCCUCAGAUAUCAGCUUGUUAUGUUUUUAGAGUCCCUCUGCCUGCAUGGAACGAAGAUAACAACUCCAAGCUUGCAAAGACUUAAUAAGAAUGUCACGUUUGGAUGAAGGUUUGGAUCAUUUGUUGCACGUCUUUCAUUUUUUUGCGCUUUCUUCCAUAGAGAUUUAGCCGUUGUACAUCCACAGCUUUCCUCCCAAAAAGCAAAAUGUGAUAAUUCAUCACAAGUUCACAAUGAAUUCUAAGUUUCUGCCUCUGUUUAACCUUGACUAGAGCACAGUUUGACAUGUCAACGCCUUGAUCUGACAUUUUCACCUAAUGUCAAAAGCCAUCUGUGCAUGCUGUUACGGCACUCCUAAUGUCUGAUAAACAUAAAAAGCAGGAAGAGGGAAAUUACCUCCAGUUUCCUCAUGAGAACAGGUUCAUUCUGUCCUAUUUAAAGAUAAGAAAGCUUGUUGUCUCAAUGCAACGGGAUAAAUGAACCAAUUAUCAUGACAAAGUGAGCUUUGUUUUCUUGAGAUAAUGAAAAAAUGAACCUAUUGUCACAAGAGAAGAAGCUUUAAAUGAUCUCGAAAUAACAAAAUAAUUAGCUUUAAUGCUGAGAUCAUGGCAUUAACCCUUAUAGACCUAGAACUCUUUCUGUAGUGACCAUCAAUUGAAUUAAUCUAAUCUUUCCUACAGGAUUUAUCACCACUUAUUAUUUUAUCAUCUACAUUUUUCACUCAAAUUCAGGUGUAUUUAUUUGACUAACUACAUAGAUGUUGAUGUAUGCUCAGACAAGAUCCAAAGUUAUUAGAUCAAAACAGAGAAAACUGAGGAAAGAACUGAAGAAACCAUAUUUUCAGUAAACUAUAUCCUUACCUGAACAAAAAACCAAACAUUUUUAGUCACUAGUCACUUUUCCAUUGACUGUCAAAUUGUGCAAAUAUAACUUGUGUUUAAAAACUUGCCUAAUGGAAAAACAAUUUCGCCAAAACUCAUUUUUCGAUGAAAAGUUUGAGGUGGUUUUUCGGGCUUAGCGAAAUUGGUAUGUCGUGCAAAACUGUAACGGAAAGAUCUUUUUGCGCAACUAGAGUCACAUGA